CACGAUGAAAGCCAUUCUUCUUCCAAGAAGCAAGAGACGAGAAGCUCCGGGGAGUGCACAAGGGAUGCACGGAGUAUAAAGACGGGCGCCUCUUGAUGAGCUCGUGGCUAACCGGAACUCCCAGCUUAAGCGCAUUGUCCUCGGAUAUAAAUCCCUUGAACAACCUCCUGAACCAUCAUGCAGAAAGGUUGACACUGCAAAGGGAGACCCAACAAGCCAAAAGCUGAAGCAAUCCCACCCACCCAUCGCACAGACUAAUCAUACAGCCCAACACCACCUCAUACCCAUACCCAGCCCCAAAAUGAGCACCCAAAACCCCACCCCCAACCCCAGCCCUAACCCCCCACCCUCAACCUUCAAAUACACCCCAACCCAACCAACCCCCAUAACUCUCCCCUGGCUCGCAACCCUAACAACCCACCUAGCAACCCACAAAAUCCCAGCCGCCCUGAUCAACCGCGCCCUCUUCCGCGCCCUCGGAAUGAACGAUAACCUGCUGAUGGAUGCGUGCAUCGACCUCGACAUCCCCGACAAGCACCUGCCCGACGCAAUCAAGAUCCUGAGGGAGGCAGGCUUCGACGACAAGCCGCGGGACUGGGAGGAAGUGAAACCGCUGUUCACGUGGCCGAGCGGACCGAGUCGGGAGGGCCCGAUUACGAAGGAGUUGAUCGCAAAAUUGUCGAGGUUGGAGGUGGAGGAUCAGGCGCAUCGGUUGGCGGAUGCGUGGUGGGCGCCGGCGCAUGUGUUUUUUCUUUGGCGCGGGAAGUAUGAACCUGUUCGGGAUGGAAGGUUGUGGGGGUUAGGGUCGGAGUGGGGGGGUCCUGAUGCGCUGGAGGCGUUGACCGGGCAGGGAGAGGUCGUGUUGUUGAGGUUGUUCGCGCAUGAGCGGUUUUUUUGGCAUUUGCCGCCGCCGAGGGUGGAUAUUGAGGUUGAAGAGGGUGAAGGGAAUAGAGAGGAGGGGGACAGGGUCAAUGAGAAUUGGGAUUGUUAUUUGCUUGUUGGUUGUGGGGGGGUUGAUGCUGCGGUGCAGACUGUUGAUACUGAUAUUGAUAGUGAUAUUGAUACUAAUACUGGCACAGACACUGGCAUUGGCACUGACACAAAUACAGACAAUGCUACUAGGACUGACACUGACACCUCCACAGACCCAGGCAGCCUGACCCCCACCCCCACGACGACGACCACCACCACCCCUCAACUAACACUCCGCGUAAUGAAACCAGCCCAAUACGUCGAGAGCAUGCUAAUGCUACACUGGCGCGACCACCCACGGAGAGUCGCCGAGGAAGCACCGCGCUACUCGGCCUCGAACGAGAUGAUGGGCACAAGCUGGGACCUGACGUACGAGAUGCUGCGGGAGCUGGCAUGGCGGACGCAGCCGGCGUGUCUGCAGCCCGAUGCGUUCCGGCCGAUGUUCUACCAGAUCUGGGUCGAGGAGCUGAACACCGCGCCGGGGAGCAGCGCCGACGAAGAGAUCCAGAAGCGGAUCACGACGACCACUUCCCGGUGCGUCGGCUUCAAGAACAGAUUGGUGAAGCGGUUGCUAGACGAUGGAGCCUUGCCCCCGUCUCCGUUUCCCAUCCGGCGGAGAGACGUCCCCGAGACGCUGCGCGAGGCUUAUGAGAGGCUUAUGGGAGGAAUGCCUGAGGAGUCGCCGCUGCCGUGGAAUGACGAGCUCGAGGAUGGCUUGGACAUUCUGUUCCGUCAGCGCGGUCGGCUGAUGUAGAGUUCCUGGUUAGUCCGGGGUUUCUAUCCUUGGUGAUUUGCGAUAUUCUGGACUCCGUAAUCUAGUAGGCUUGGUUCGUAGGAGUUGUUACCUGAGGGUGAAGAAAACUUAGGAAAGUCCACAGGUUUUAUUCCUUAAUAAAAAUAGACAUCAUCAAAGUAGCACUGAAGACAC